AUGGGAUCCAAGACUUUUGAGGGAGACAAUCACCACGAGGAUGCCACCAACGCUGUUUCGACCAAAUCGAAUGCAGUUGGGGGCAAGCCUCGUGGAGCAAACAUGCUGGAAGACGGAGACGGUGAUUUUGGAAGCGAUGACGAUGAGGACGGCGAUGGGCAGCAUUCGUCCUUGGCCAUGGUAAACGGGGAUGGUGUCAAGAAAGAAAAAUCAAAGAAGAAGAAGCGAGGUAAAAAGAAGAACAAGAAGUCCGCCGCUGGUGCUCAUCAACAGACUUCUCCUCCUCGUGUGCCCCUCUCUCAGCUCUUUCCUGAAGGGAAGUACCCACCAGGACAGAUUGUUGAAUGUCAGGAUGCCAAUCUUCGCCGCACCACUGAUGAAGAGCUCCGCUACCUUACGCGUGGUUUCAUUGCAAACGACGAAGUGCUCAAUGACUAUCGCAAGGCGGCUGAAGUUCACCGUCAAGUCCGUCACUGGGUUCGAGAUUCGAUCAAACCUGGAAAGACGUUGACCGAAAUAGCCAAUGAGAUUGAUGAUGGAGUGCGAGCAUUGGUUGGCCAUCAAGGACUAGAGCCGGGAGACAGCCUCAAAGGCGGGCUGGGAUUUCCGACUGGGUUGGCAUUGAACAACUGCGCCGCUCAUUAUACUCCCAAUCCAGGACAGAAGGACAUUGUCCUGAAGCAUGAGGAUGUAUUGAAAAUCGACUACGGCGUACACGUGAACGGUUGGAUAGUCGACAGCGCUUUUACCGUGGCUUUUGAUCCGGUCUACGACAACCUACUAAAUGCGGUGAGAGAUGCCACCAAUACCGGCCUCAAGUGCUCUGGAGUCGAUGCUCGGGUAAGCGACAUUGGAGCCUCGAUUCAGGAGGCCAUGGAAAGCUACGAGGUCGAGAUCAAUGGCAAAGUCUAUCCGGUCAAAGCAAUUCGCAACAUCACGGGACACAAUAUCCUCCCAUACAGAAUACAUGGAGGCAAAUCAGUCCCUUUUGUCAAGAAUGAUGAUCCCACGAAGAUGGAAGAGGGCGAGGUGUUUGCGAUUGAAACGUUUGGUAGUACUGGCAGAGGGUAUAUUAGGGACGGUCCUGGUGUAUACGGCUACGGCAAAAACCCAGAUGCCCCUUCAGUGCAUCUCCCUCUUGCUUCAGCUCGUUCACUACUGAAAACAAUUAAUCAGAACUUCGGCACUAUUGUGUUCUGUCGCCGCUACCUUGACCGUCUCGGGCUCGACAAGUAUCUUCUUGGGAUGAAUAGCCUGAUUUCGCAUGGAAUUGUCGACAUGUACUCUCCGCUUAAUGACGUUUCUGGUUCUUAUACUGCCCAGUUUGAACAUACAAUUCUGAUCAAGGGUUCUGGCAAUGAAAUUAUCAGCCGUGGAGAAGACUAUUAA